AUGCAUCGUUGGUUCUUUGCCAAUGAGGAACAAAUUUGCCGGAAAUUUACCGCCGAAACACCACCAAUAUCUGAACCAGAACCUAAUAUAUCCUCAAUAGAUGAAAUACCAAUUACAGAAUGGAAAUUUACUGUAAAAUACAAAGGAAAAUUGUGUUCCAACGAAAUAAUGGCCAUAACGGGAAAUAUAGAAAUUUUGGGGAAGUGGCAACUACAACAAUGUGUACCAAUGGUACAGAUGGAAGAAACUCCCGGUUUGUGGUCUUUGACCCUCAGUUUACCACGAAAGUCCUCCGACUUUAUUUAUUACCGAUAUUUAAUAUGUGCCCUGAAUGAGAGAGGUCGUAAGCUGCUACGUUUUUGGGAGACCCAUAAAAAUGGACGUUUGAUUGGAAUCGACGAUAUCCAGGAAUUAGAAACAAUGGAUUAUGAUCGGUUUGGUAUAUAUAAGGGUGUGUAUCAAGUCCAGCGUGGUUGGUUAGCCUGUUCGGAUGUUACGGUGCUACAAUUUCGUUUUCAAAAGGCUCCCUUUGUUUUGAGAGAGCAGCUGGGAGAGAAUUCGAUGUAUUUAAAACUAAGCCUAUUGAAGAUGAAGACCAAGGGUGAGGAAGGCGAGCAAUCAUCUUCAUCUAAACUGAGUUGCAAUUUAUCACAACAUUCCGCAAACCAAAAAGAGAGAUUUGAGCAAAGUUCCUCCAAACCUUGGGCAUUUUGUGAGGUGUCCAAUUUGUGCGGUGAAGCUAAAAAUACUUUACAUUACCAACCAAAAUAUGGCACCAGCUGUGGUCCCAAGGAUAUUUUACUUUUCCACAUGACCUUGGAGGAUAUCAGCAACACGGCUUUUCUAAUUGAUUUGUAUAGAUAUCCUGCCAAGGCCUCUGAGGAUAUACCACCCUAUCAUUAUGGCUAUCAACAUGUUCUACCACAACAAUUGAAAAAUUCCGAAGGUACUCUCACCCUCAACAUUAUGUGUGCUACUAAACAUCGUCCAAUUGGUAGCAUGACCUUGGAAUAUUUGAUUAUAAAACCUCUCUAUAGUUACGAUUUUAAUCUACAGCAAACUUUCCAAAUUCCAUGGAAGAAGAAAAAAUCUCCAUUAGUUAUUGGCCAUAGGGGAUGUGGAAAAAGUUUUUGGCAUCAGGGAGAUAUUUUACGGGAAAAUACGUUGAAAUCUUUUGGCAAGGCCUAUGAACAUGGUGCAGAUAUUACUGAAUUGGAUGUGCAACUGAGUCAGGAUAAAACACCAGUUGUCUAUCAUGAUUUUCAAUUGUAUAUCUCCCGAAAAGAAGAUUUAGAUCGCCAGGAAUUUGAUGUAAUAAAAUUACAAUUGGAGGAAGAUGAAAUCAAUUUCCUAAAACCAUUUGCAAGAACUCUGAAAUCGGGUCUCAUAGGAAUACCUUUGAAUAAAUUUCAUUAUCAGCAAUUAAAAGAGGUCCGGAUUCAUGAAACUUCUUUGGAUAUGCCCUCCACAUCAUCAGCAUCAUCAUCUUCCGAGUCUCCAUGUCCCAAAGAUAAUACCCUAAAUUUACCCUUCCCCAGUCUUCAAAAUAUCCUCAAGAAAUUGCCCGCAAAACUGGGAUUCCUCUUGGAUAUUAAAUGGCCUCAAAGGCUUCGAACCAAUAACCACUACGAAGACAACUUCUCUCCCGAUUUGGAUAAAAACGAAUAUGUAGAUAUUAUUUUGGAUAUUGUCGUUCGUCAGGCUGGCAAUCGACGAAUUAUAUUUUCAUCUUUUGAUCCGGAUAUUUGUUCGAUGCUACGAUUUAAACAAAAUCGUUAUCCUGUCAUGUUUACUAUACAGCACUCUCAACCAAAUCAAAUGAAAUAUUUAGAUCCUCGUGGUGAUACGUUAUCCAUUGCUUCAUAUUUUGUCCAGGCAAUAGAGUUAUGGGGUGUUAUUGCCGGAGCAGAGGAUAUUUUGGAACACCAGCAGGAAAUUCAAAAUCUGCACAAACGAAAUACUCACAUCUUUGCUUGGGGUGAUUCUGCUCGUUCCGAACAAUGUCGUAGAUAUUUGAAGGCGGCCGAUGUGGAUGGUAUAAUUUUUGAUCGAAUUAAUCAUGCGACAAGUGAAGAGGAUUUGAAACAGACAAUUGUCUUAAUUGAAAUGAAACAAAAUUAUAAGAAAAUGCCAUUGCGAAAAUAA